AUGUCAUCUUGGAUCUAUGCUAACGAAGAUAGCAUUCAAGGGAAAAGUCAAAAAGGGGAAUCGCUUUGGGCACGUGUGCAUAAAUUUUAUCACAUAACUCAAGCAGAAAAUCCCAACGAGCUCAACGAGCGAAACAUUGAAUCAAUGAAAGGUCGCUGGAAACGUCUUAAUGAAAAUGCAAACAAAUGGGUUGCUGCUUGCAGGGAGGCAAAUGCUCGAAGAAGGAGUGGAAUGAGCGACAACGAUGUUGAGAAAAAAGCUCAUUCCAUUUAUGAAGUAGGUGGGAGAAAGUUUCAAGACUUGGUUGUAUUUAAUGAAGUUAUGAGUAAACAUCUCAAGUGGAAUCUUUAUGAUACAACACCAAUUUUUCCUCAUGCAAGUGAAGAUGUUGAUAACCAUCAAAGUGGUGGCAGCUCGAAAAGAUCAAAGACUUCAGAAGAUGGGAGGUUUUCUGUCCCCUCCAAUCCAGAAACUCCAACAUCUGAACAAUCAACCGCGACUCGUCCUAUUGGCAAGGAUAAGGCAAAAUGA